AUGCGCAGGUAUCGGCUGCCGUACUGGGCAUUCGUGCCGACGUUAGGCGUUUGGCCCGGAGCCGCCGGGACCGGAACCGGAACUGGAUCAACAGCAACCGUCGCAGCUGCAGUCCCGCCACCGUCCAGAGGAUCCGUAGCCGUGAACUUAGACAGUGGCCGAGUGUCCGUGGUAGACAGUGUGACAAAUGGACCGGAAGUCGAGGAUACGACCACCGACCUACCACAAAAACGACGACCGGCACUGGUCAAGCCACUGCACCCGAAUACGCCGAGUGUCGGAGGACCGAGUUGGCUGAGAAAAACAACAGUGGCAUCGACAUCAAGUCCGGUCAUACAAGCAGCACAAGUGAAAGACUCCACAGCCGUUUCCGCUGCGAGUCCGGUGACUAAGAUAUACCUGAAACCAUCAGCCAGGGCAAAGGCCGGCAUUGGUGGGGUGGCCCUGUCCAACCCGAUCAGCACGGCAGUGGUUCGAAGGGGUGACACGGUCAGCAUUGAAUAUCUUCCAGACGCCACUGCAGAAGCUGGCGAAGGUGGUGUUGCCAUAUCCCGACCGGAAUUGGUCAUCCAUUUUAUUGACUGAAAUAAUACGCACCCGCUAAAAAUCGAUGACGUCGCCAUAAUACCAUUAGGUCUAUAAAUUGUGCCAUACACUUGCGUUAUGAUAUAUGUUUUAAUAUAUUUACAUUUACGUACUUACUUUACCUCUACUUAAUAUAUAGUAUAAAAUUUAUAAU